AUGUUCAGAAACACAAUACUUAGAUCAUUAAGAUCGAACACAAGAUCAAUCGUAAACACGACAUCAAAAUUUUCAACAUUCAGAACUACAACUUUAACAACCACCAUCAAACCAAUUUCAUCAUUAAAUUUCAUUCGUUCAUAUGCUGGAUUUCCAUCAUUAACAAGAGAUGACGCAAAAGAAAGAAUUAUAGAAUUAUUAGAAGGUUUUGAUAAAGUAGAUACUGAAAAAACUGGAGAAAUUAAAGAAUCUUCAAAUUUUACUCAAGAUUUAGGUUUAGAUUCUUUAGAUGUGGUUGAAGUUGUUAUGGAAUUAGAACAUGAAUUUAAUAUUCAAAUACCUGAUAAUGAUGCUGAUAGUAUAAAGACUGUUGGUCAAGCUAUUGAUUAUAUAAUUUCUCAACCUGAUUCUUGUUAG